CAUGGAGGACGAGGUGGAUGUAGAUAUCGAGGGAGACGAGUUUGACACCAGUGUUAGUGAGCUGGAUGGAGCAGGUUUAGUUCAGGAGCAGUUCGUGCAGUCUGCGUGGAAGAGCAGCGCCGGGAUCCUGCCAUGGGAGUUGGACAGCUCCAUCAGCGCAGAGAACAGGGAGGUGAUAGAGAGGAUGCUGCUGGAGGAACAAUACUAUCUGACAGGUGAGGAGAUUCCCAAACAUAUUUGGCACAGUGAUGACAACAAGCCCAAAGUGAAGAAGUCUCCAGCCAAGACAUCAUCCUCAAGUUCUUCCUCUCGUUGGUCCAAACAAGAGAAAGACUUGUUCGAGGAGGGUCUGGCUCAGUUUGGUCGAAGAUGGACAAAAAUUUCCAAGCUGGUGGGCAGUCGUACUGUUCUUCAAGUCAAGAGCUAUGCCAGACAGUAUUUUAAACACAAGACUGAAUCUGAACCCGAAGCUGCAGCUCCCUCUACAGUCACUGAGCUGCACAUGCACCCUCCUCAGCCCACCUCCAGUCAUGCACCCACUCUCUCAAACACUGUGCGUAUAGAGAAGCUUUCUGAUGAUGAAGACGAGGACGUAGACAUCACAGAUGACCUCAGUGAUGACGGAGAGGCAGACAACAAACCGCAAACUGAGCUCUGUAAAGCAGAUCAGCCAACAGACCCCGAGAUCCAGACUGGCAGUCCCACACAAGAGCAGGGAGAUGCAGGUCAGACUGAGUCAGGGGAAAAACCCGGCCACAGCUCUUUGUCUCCACAAAGUCCUCAGCCUGCAUCUUCACUUCCUGACUCAGAGGAGCCUGCUGUGACUGAGUUAGAGAAGAAAGGCCAGCAGACUGUAUCACCUCUUCCAAUAAACACUCACAGGACUGAUGAGCAGGAGAGCCAGAGCUGCCGGUCUGAGAGCUCCACACAGACGACACAUCAGCUGGAAGAGGCCUGUAGCGACGGCACAGAUCCUUCUGAUAAAGCUGAGGAGAAUCUAAGUGACAGACCAGAAGAAGACCAGGAUGAAGAGGAAGAGGAGGAGGAAGAAGAGGAGGAGCUUAAAGUCCCUGAGCAGGAAAUAGAGAUGGACAUGGAGACAAUCACAGAGGAGGAGAAACAAGCCAUCCCAGAGUUCUUUGAAGGACGACCAUCCAAAACCCCUGAAAGAUAUCUAAAGAUCAGAAACUACAUCCUGGAUCAAUGGUUGAAGAGCAAACCCAAGUACCUGAACAAGACAUCGGUGCGCCCCGGGCUCAAGAACUGUGGUGACGUCAACUGCAUUGGCAGAAUACACACCUACCUGGAACUGAUCGGAGCCAUCAAUUUCAACUGUGAACAAGCAGUGUAUAACCGGCCAAAGGUGGUGGACCGCUCCAAGCACAAAGAGGGCAAAGAUGUACUUGAGGCCUAUCAGCUGGCACAAAGGCUGCAGAGCAUGCGGACCCGGAAGCGUCGUGUGCGGGACAUCUGGGGAAACUGGCGUGAUGCUAAAGACUUAGAGGGACAGACAUAUGAGCAUCUGAGUGCGGAGGAGCUCGCCCUGCGGAGAGAGGAGAUGAAGAAGCAGCCGAAACCAUGCAAGAUCCCCAGAUACAGAGGAUCUUUUGAUCCCUUCCAGCUGAUCCCCUGCAGGUAUUUUGGAGAGGACGUACAGGAACCGUUCCAGGUCAUUGUGUGUGCAGAGACUCUUCUCAUCAUGGACAUGCAUGCCCAUGUGUCACGGGGGGAAGUUAUCGGCCUGCUCGGUGGGACUUUCAACGAGAAGGAGAGAGUGUUAAAGAUCUGUGCGGCAGAGCCGUGUAACAGCGUGAGUACAGGUUUGCAGUGUGAGAUGGACUCGGUGUCUCAGACCCAGGCUUGUGAUGUGCUGUCAUCCCUGGGCUUCAGUGUGGUGGGCUGGUACCACUCGCAUCCCACCUUCCACCCUAACCCCUCAGUGCGGGAUAUUAACACGCAGGACCAGUUCCAGAGUUACUUCUCACGUGGCGGAGCCCCCUUCAUUGGGAUGAUAGUGAGCCCGUACGACCCAGCAAAUCCCUCCCCUCACUCUCAAACUACGUGCCUGUUGGUGAAAGAGAGCCAGGAGCCCUCGGGUCCACAGAAGCUGCCUUACAGAUUUGACUUCCUGUCAUCACAAGACAUUCCAGACUGGGAACAAACAUUAAGGAGAGCCCUGUGGAUCAUCCAUAAAUACUCUCAAACUCCUGGGAGUGUGCAGAUGAACAGAUUUUUCCGGAAGGACUCCCAUCUCACCUGUUUGGAAAAGAUGCUGUCGUCUCUGGCCAAGUACCUGGAGCACCUGCCGGAGGAGGAGGGAGACUCCUUCCUCACUCAGAUCCAGGCUCUUUUCCACUCAGACUUUAUAGCCAAGCAGGAAGCAUCUGACCAGGAAGAAGAUGAGGCUUUACCUGUGGACUCAGAUAACCUCACCUUUGACCACCUGAUCAGUCAGGAGCAGCCCCUGGGGGGAGGAGGAGACUCAGCUUCAAAUAGCAAUGUACAGCCCACCACCUCUGAGACAGACAGCAGCACAUUGUUACAUAUGGGCUCUGUGUUGUCAACUGAACAUGACUAUUUACUGUGAAGGACCAAAUCUGACUGUACUGGUAAUAUACUACAUUAGUUGACUCACCAUAAACUGUGUUUAGUGUAAAUAGUAUUAGGUUUUAUAUCAGUAUUACUAGCUUUCUCAUUUAGUAUUUUAACAACAUUUUAUGAAUGUGGUAUCCGAUUUUGAGCAGAGUUUAAC